AUGGCAGACAGUAUUUUUGGUAAUCCAAUCACAAACAGUACUCUAGAAGCCAUGCCUGAAUAUGAAGGAAAGACAAUAACACGUCGAGAUAGAGCAUAUGUGGCACUUAAUAUGAAGAAUGCUCAAGGUAAGGACAAAGCUGCUCAGGACUAUGUAGAAAAAUUGAGGGCAAAAUGGGGAGAUGGAGUCACUACUCUUUGUGUAAUUUACAAUGCUACUGGUGAUACCAUAAAGUUUGUUUGCGAACAUAGUUGGCAUGGUCAUAUUGGGUCUAGUCCUUACCCAUACGAGAUUGCAAAUGGUCAGUGGGGUGCAUUUCUUCAUGUUAAAACUGCUUACGGAAUGGCAGGCUCUGCUGGUGCUGUUGUAUAUCGUGGUCUAAAUAACUACGGUACAAGUUGUGAUUGGAUGGUAGCAUGGUCCAAUCCAUAUUAUCGAAGCAUGGCAGACAAUACGGUAUAUACUGAGAUUCGUGAAAUGGGACAUUAUGAUUCGCAUGAUCAUUGGGAAUACAUCUUUGACUUAUUAAAUGGCUCCGGUCUCGUUCAUGACGACAGUUGGAACUAUUGUAAAUCAAACGUGUCUACAGGAAAUGAUACAAAUCCCAUAUUUGAAGGAAUCUUGACUCUGAGGUUGACUUGAGUCUUAUGAACUUAUUAAAGAGAUGUUCAAAGCAUUAUAAUCUACGUAUUACUAAACCUAGAACUACCCAUAA